AUGACGUCCUUGGUAGAUGUGGCAAUGCGUAUCAUUGCCAAUGCAACUCUGGUGGAGAAGUCCUUGUCUGAUCACGGACACCAAUUUCCCUCGUUUGACAAGGACGCAGCAGAAUCGUUCCUAGACUUGUCGAAAGAACCCGCUGCACAAACGGCUCGAUCGAGCCUGAUAGAUGACAGCAAACUUCUACUCGAUCUUCUUCUUGGACCAGCCGACCUCAUCAACCGUCUAUGUCAAAGCCCUUUUGAGGUCGCAGCACAAAGUCUGAUCUACAAGUACAAGCUUUACGACCUGGUUCCCCUUGACAAAAGCACGACUUAUGCGGAACUGGCAGCCAAAACGGGAUUGCCCGAGUAUCGUAUCCGGACUGCAAUGCGACAGUCUGCGCUCAAUAGAAUCUUUGACGAGCCUACUCCCAAUGUUGUGGUUCACACCGCUGCAUCGGUUGCUCUAGUAAAGAACAAAGCUCUUCAGGACUGGUAUGGCCACUUUGUCGAGGAGGUCUUUCCGUCAUCCGCAAAACUUGCCGAGACGAUGAGCAAGUACCCUGAAAGUACGGAACCAAAUCACUGUUCAUUCAGUACGGCAUUCAAUACCCCUGAUCCUAUUUUCAAGUUCUUCGAUGAUCAUCCAGAUCGUCAGGCUCGGUUCUUUGGGGCCAUGGCUGGUGUCGGCAAAGGAGAAGGCUUCAGCCUACGCCACAUUGUGACCGGCUAUGACUGGUCAAAAGUCGGAUCUGGCCUGGUUGUAGAUGUUGGGGGCUCUUCUGGCUUUGUCUCUAUGGCUCUGGCCGAGUCUUACCCAAAUUUGAAAUUCCUCGUCCAAGAUUACGAACACACAGUACAGGGGGGCAAGAAAGCACUUCCUACUCAUCUUGAAUCUCGCGUUGACUUCGCCACUCAUGACUUCUUUACUCCUCAAACCGUCAGUGCUGAUGUCUACUUUAUGCGACAUAUCUGUCACGACUGGGCACAGCACAACGCUGUCAAGAUCUUGAAAAAUUUAGUUCCGGCUAUGAAGCCCACCAGUCGAAUUGUGAUGUGCGAACUGGUCAUUAUGCCUCCAAAAUCGAUGAAUGGAUCCCAGGAGAGGCAACAACGUGCUAUGGAAAUGACCAUGUGGACCAUGGUAAAUGCACAGGAGCGUACACGGGAGGAAUGGGAGGAAGUCGUUCGCUUGACUGACGAGCGAUUAGCGAUCUUGAGCAUCAACCGCCCAGCCAACAGCUCCGAUUCUUUGAUUGAAAUCGGCUGGAAAUGA